ACCUUCUACGGUGACGUGGGUAGGAGUUAUGAGGUAGCCGUGGAGACCCAAGAAAUGCUCACCACCUUCACCUGCCACCUCACCUUUGUGGCUGAAGGUGACGAGUACUGAUGAUGUGUCCAGCUCCCAUCCAAGACUUCAGACUCGGGGACUUCUUCAGCUACAACAGCGGGUGUCCUCAGGGGUGGAUGCAGAUCAGUGAGCGGGAGAGGCCCUACACGGAUGGCUACUGGUGUGGGGAUGGUCGGGGCUUCAAUGUUUACUUCAGCGAGACCUCCACCACUACCCUCACGCUGAAGAAGUUCAUCCCUAUGGAUUACAUACACUUUGAAGGUUUACUACAGUCGCCCUUCAACUUCCGCCUCACCUACAAGACCCUGAGACGGAGUGACGCCAUCCUUCGCUACGGCAACGCUUCCUCGCCUAAAAACCGCGGCGAAUUGGCUGACAGCUCGCUGUGUGAUCGGAUCUUUCUGAACUGUGAUGAGUACAGGUGUUCAGUUCAGAGUCCCAACUUCCCCGGACUCUACCCUCGCCAUGUGACCUGUCGUUUCCUGAUCAGACAGACGCGUUACGUGCCCUAUGCCAAGCCUCUCAUCACCAUCCACCAAGACAAUCCUCUCAGAUUCAAUGUCAAGGCUAACUCUGCCCUCCCUAGCCAAAGACUCUCCUCUCCAGGUUUACAGAUCUGGGGGUCGUGUGACCUGGUACAUGAUCACCUUCUAGUGUACGACGGCAACUCCACGGAGGCGCCUCUCUUCCUGAAGGUGUGCGGUUCAGGUAUACUGCCACCCAUCACUUCCACGGGACCGGAGUUGCUGGUCGUCUUCAGCACCUCGCGCUUCGACGAGCCUUCCCAGGAGACACUCAUGCCCAGGACCUUCGGCUUCGAGCUGGACGUGAAGGUGACUUACCUCAACAUGGACUCUCGCCAGUUCGCUCGGAAUCGUCAGUGUGUGUUUCACAUCUUCGGUUCCAACAACGCCAGCGGGGAGGUGGUGUCUGUGGUCAACACACAGCCACAGAAUUCCUCCUGUGUAUAUCUCUUCCACGGGGAGCCUCAUGAGGUUGUCUGGAUACACUUCCGCAAGUACGAAAUCGCCCCCAAAAUGGGACACUAUACUUUUAACAUGACCGAGUGUAUCAACCCGCUCAGGAUCUAUGACGGCAAUUUCUUCGACACGAGCACCCCAUAUGGCUCUCCUAGACGGGCCAAGCUCAUCCACGAGCACUGCACGGCUCGCCCCCCGCCCAUGUGUGCCCGCGAGUACCUCCCGCCCCGCCGCGGUCUGGCUGCCCCGGUCAAGGCCUGUACUAGGAACGAAAGCUACGUCGCUGACGGACCUAAGUUGACGGUAGUGCAGCAUUACAACGAGUCCACUGCUGCCUUAGCCAUGGACUUCAUCUUACGCUACGAGUUCGUCAACACGCGGCCCGGGUACCGCCCUACUAAUGGCAGCGAGUGUGACUUUGAAGCUAUUAGCGACGGGUACACACUCCGGACAGGUCGGGUCUUCUCCCCGAGAACUUCGGUGCUGUACGGGAGGUGGGGACGCCGCAGACUGUCUUGCCAGUAUCGCCUGACUGCCCACAGUGACGAGGUGGUGCACGUGACUAUCACAAAGUUCCACAGUGUGUCACGCUCCUGCGUCACCACCACCAACAAUUUCACCGGCAGCUUUGACUGUGACAACCGAGGAGGCCAGACUGCCUCCCUCGUCGUGUCUGAGUACCCCUGGCAGGACAUUGAGGUGCCGAGGCUGUGUACCUGUGAUUUCUCCGGCAUCCCCAUCGAUUACGAGUCCAAGUCCCAAGAGUUGAGGCUCAAAUUUGAAGUCAACAACAUGGACGAAACUCACGAUUAUCUCGACUUUAUGUUUGAAGCUCGAUAUGAGUUUGUGAAGAAGUCUUCAUGUAAGAAGGAGCAGAGACUGCAGGGUACCAACGGCGAGAUCAUAUUCCGGAAAGCUAACAUUACAGAACAUAAACCUUGUGACAACUACCCUUGGCUCCUCCAGACCUCCGACUCCGACAAGUCUAUAUAUUUUAGAAUACGAGGUUAUGACCACAUUGACAAGAACUGUACCACCUCCACACGACUCCUGGUGUUCAAGGUGGGUCGUUUGAGACCAGUUGGUGUUCUUUGUCCUGACCCAUCCAGCAAAAAUGUCGUUGAGUUGUUCAGUUUCGCCUGGCAGGGAUCAGGGACACUCGUCGAGCAGUCGACGGAUAAGUUGAUCCUUGAGCUGUCAGGACGGGACAAUGGACGUGACCUGGGCCCUCACACCCUCUCCUGGCUCCAGGUGUCGCCGGCGCGCCAGUAUGACUGGUCCUCAGAGGGCAUCGUGCGUGGAUGCCAGGAGGAAUGCCCCGAGUUGGGUGUGUGCAUCAGUGAGGACCUCUGGUGUGACGGUGUCCAUCACUGCCCCUCAGGGUACGAUGAACUCAUCGCCCAUUGUUUCUUCCUCUCGGUGCCCUGGGCAUACAUCGGGGUAGGAUCUGCCCUGAGUGUCAUUCUGCUGGUGGCCGUGACGGUGUACGGGGCAGCCAGACUACGUGCCGCGGACAAGAAGACUCACCAGCACCAGCCCAUCCCCACUCUACCCACCGCCUCUGAGUCCCUCUUCUCUUCGGACAAGGACGCGGCGGAGAGGGACGGUGGCGUGACGUCAGCCUACAGCCUGGACUACAGUGAGGUGGACUACGUCACUACUUUAUGAGGACCACACCCGGUAGUCACCAUCAGUAGCACCCUAGUCACAUUCACCAGACCAUCUACCAGCACCAUUAACCCACCAAACACCCAACAUGUUUCUACCUCCCAACCGGCGGCGGCCAGUCCACCUGACAACCCCGGUCCUCCCAGGCCUCGGUCACUCGACACCCGACCAGUGUAUUCCUACAACGAACCCGACACUAGACCCGCUACACCCACCUCACGCGACACUCGACCACUACCCACCAACAGAUCUUACCUCUACACCCUCGCAGCACUCAACACCCACCCACUGGCCGCCCUCAACACACCCACCAGUCACCCACGUCGUGCUCAUUAGAUAAUCUCAGUAUUUUAGAAUCUUGAUGUGCUCUUCCAGUCAAUCGUUCUGUUCAAGUUCUCUCUCUUUCUCUCUUUCUCUCUAUCUCUCUUUCUCUCUUUCUCGGCUGAAUAGGGGAAAACAAACCGAAUUUGGACACCGAAUCCAAUCUUUUGGUUACGUUCCUCACAAGUGUUCCCGUGGCAGCUAAUCAACUCCCAGUCAUCGCACGGUGAAAUGGUCGGUAAUGCCGUAAGACUUAAGGACUAAGGUCGCCCGUCACACUGUGUUCCCCCACCUUGACCCACCUCGGGGCUCAUGCAUGACAUUAUCUCCACGUACAACUCUUGUAUAUAACCUGGAUUUAUACACUUUAUGGCACACAGCUUUCUCAGACUUUAUGUAUAUAUAUAUAUAUGGUUAUAUCCACAUCUGGCACCACCGCUUCUUCAACUAUUUUCUUUGCAAAAUGUCUCUCAGAACACGUUUUAGUGGGAAAAAAAUAAAUCCUAAAUUCAUAGCAAUAUGUGCUUCUAGUUAACAUUUUCGACUUAGCUGCUGUCUGUGUUGAUCAAAUUAACAGGUGAAAUGUUUCUACGUAUACAGUAUUGAUUUUCUGGAUUGAUAUUUAGCUCUAGUGAAAAAAAAAACAUGUUACUUUUGUCUGUUAGCAGUAGAGAAUGAGUCACGUAUUCAGUAAAUAAUACGAAAGUGAAUCCUGUUAAAGAAAGGUGUUAUGUGUAUAGUAAAAAUUGAUGAUUAUCUUCAGGUUUUGGUUCGAAAUCUCGUACAAUUCUUUAGAAAUUCAUUAAGGAAUCAUAUCUAGGGUUCGUAUGUUGGUCCGGCACUGUUUCUGGCACGUUUGUGUAGGUGUGUAAAGACAGUGUUUAUAGUGGGGCGAAAAAUAGGUAUCAUGGCUCAUUUGCUCCCCUGAACUAAAUACAAGAUUACAGGUGUGUUGGGGAGAUAUAUACCUCGUUUAUCUCCCCAAUACCUGUAGUUAUAUACCUGUUCAAGUUCAGAUUUCAUAGGAUCAAUGAGACAGAUUUUUUAUACCUAUAGACACACUACAUACGUCUAUAUAAACUCAUAAAGUUCAAAGGUUCAAAAAUAGCACCGUGACACCUUUGAAUCUUUGGUGUGACUCCUUAAAAAAAAAGCAAAAUAUCCAAUUUGUUUUAGAGUUAGUCAUAGGAUGGUUGACAAUGAGGUGAUAUACAUGUAAAACAACUACUGCCAAACUCCUUGUACAUACUAAACAGUAUUUUUAAAUAGGUAGAGUGUUGCUUUGGAAACGAAUCACAAUGUACAUAUUGCACACACACACUUGCUUGAUAUUUCUACCAUGUUUUUAAAUGUACAGAGAUGUGUAACUGAGGUGUUUGUUUGUAUGGUACAGUAUGUGUCCUGAUUAUUUGUGAACAAAACCAGAAAAAAAAAUAAUUCAUAAUGUUUAGUCCACAAUUGAAGUUUGUUCUAUUUCUAGAUUAAAGUGAUUCAUUGUUAUAGCAGACAUAUGAAGAGGUAUUAUACAGAUCAUUAUAUUGUGUACAUAUGUGUAAUGAAAUAUUCUCGCAUAUUACUAUUUCAAAAGUCUAUGCUGCCAUCUUGUACAUACUGUAAUAAAGUUUCAGAAUA